GCAAGAACAUGGCUUCGACAAUAUUUUAUUUAACAGGUAUUCGGCACUUUAGGGAAUUUAAACAUAGAUAAAAAAUAUUUCUUUAUCUAUAUAAACAACUACGAUGAGAUAAUUUUACUCAAAGUUAUAUAAAUGUACGAAAACAUGUUGUGUAAAACCAAUAAGGCACCACAGUUUCGUGCAUUUCACCACUAAAGCCACGCUAUCUGAUUGGAAACUGCAACACUGCCAAUUGUCAUUUUUGUUAUGAUAGCUUGACACUGACCAGCCCAGCUGGUUUGUUUUCUUUUCCUGAAAAAUUUUCAUCCUUGAGCGUCGAUUUUUAUACAAAUACAGAAAUUGCAAAAAAAAAGAUGCAAUUUACUUAAAAGAAGUGUGCAAAUUGAUAAUUAAUAUAAUGUAAUGGUUAUUUUGGGUGUAGAUUUUGUGUUUCUGUUGUGAAUACGUGAAGUUGGAAACGAACGGGUGGCACGUUGCCAUUGCAGACUGCCUAAAAUAACAAUUGGACGGCAUUUUAUGAAUUUGUUCCACAAACGCAGACAAUAAAAAUUUUAACUAUCGAUUUUCUCCGAUACCUCCUGAAAAAUGCACCUCAACCACGCCACUGCAAUGGCUAACUACCAACACUACCCGCCACCGCAGAUUUCAACGCACGGUGGCACGCCCACUGUGCAGCAACAGACUAUAGCGACGGCUGGCACACCGUUUACUUUGCACCAGUUGACCGCUGUGCAAGCCAUACAACAUCCAACGCACCAGGCUAUGCUACACCCGCAACAUCCACUGGUGCACUUACUCGAUAUUUCUACGACAAAUACACCGAAUCCAACGCCAGUGCCUCCUACUAAAGUCGAGGUGCCGGAACCGGAGCCCAUUGAGGUGAAAGUGGACGAUCCCCGCAAAAAGAAGGAAUGCCACGUCUGCAAGAAUAAAUUUCGACAGUUAACUACUUUGCGCAAUCACAUGAAAAUCCAUACUGAUGAGCGGCCGUACAAAUGUAAACAUUGCGAUAGGGCUUUCCGUCAGAUUUCAACGCUCACCAAUCAUGUAAAGAUACAUACCGGCGAAAAACCAUUCACAUGCAAUAUUUGCGCAAAAGAUUUUCGCCAGCAGAGUACACUUAUCAACCACAUUAAAACCCACAAAGAAUCCAGUACCCCAACCUCAUUACUGAACUAUCAGCCUGGUACUAAAUUGAAUCAUCGCAAUUCCAAAUUGGCUCAAAAUCAAAUGGUAGACUAUCAAAAUCGAUCCAUUACAAAAACUCUUUAUACUGGCAGCUAUAGUUCACCUCAAGCCGAGGAGUUGGUUAAGCCGUAUCAGUGCAAUGUGUGCAAAAGACGAUUUCCGCAGCUGAGUACACUCCACAAUCAUGAGCGGACACACAUCGAUCCCAAGCCGUACAAAUGUGAAACAUGCGACAAGUCUUUCAGUCAACUGGCCACUUUAACCAAUCACAAAAAGAUCCAUACUGGUGAUAAGCCAUACGCUUGUUCCUUCUGUUCCAUGCAAUUCCGACAGCAGAGUACUUUAACCAACCACAUGAAGACACACACCACAGCCGCCAGCAAUGCAAACGUAGUGCCAACUACCACCACCACAAUGGCAGCCCCACAUGGAAUCAACCACAUGACCACUUCAACACUCGUUACACAAGGCGAACAUCCCCAACUUAAUAACAUGGUACAUCAACAAUUACAAGCUGAACAUCCAUUAUUGCACUUUCUCGAUAGUAACACAACUGUAAGCACCAUCGUUACGAAGGAGCCGUUCAAUCCGAAUACCAGUCGUCGUUUCAAAAACGAGGCCGAUAGCUUGAUGCUGGAGAGCCCGGAUCGCCCUUUCCCAUGCGCCAUUUGCCGAAAGGCUUUCUCACAACAGAGCACUUUAGCCAACCACAUUAAGACGCACACCGGCGAGAAACCAUAUAAGUGCAAAGUAUGCGAGUCGAACUUCCGACAAUUGUCCACCUUGAAUAAUCAUCUAAAAAUACAUACUGGCGAAAAGCCCUACAGCUGUUCCUAUUGCCCUAAACAAUUCCGGCAGAAAAGCACUCUUAUCAAUCAUGUCAGAAUUCACAAUUGUUAAAAAGGCCAUGCAAGUGAUUAUACAAUAAUAACUAUAAUGACGGCGGAGAAGCUAAAGCUAUAAGAGACGUGAACAAUUGAAAUAUUGGCCAACUAUCCCUAAAAGAGAUUAAAAUAUCCAAUAGCAAUAACCCAUAGAACAGAUAAACACAGGCAGACCACAGUAUCAAAACGUAAUAUGAUGAUAAGGAGUAAAACAAUGGAAAAAAAAGAAAAUAACAUUGUGAAUUCGGUGUUUAAACUAACUAUAACCAGCUGCUAAACGUAAUGAGUUACUUACCUGCUGUGCAAUAUGUAUUGUCCAUGUAAAUUUAUUAUAUACUAACGAGCUACAUGAGUAAGUAAGAUUCAAAUGAGUACAAGUACUGUUUUGCUAUUUAUAUUGGUGCAAGGUACACCACACAGUGUCGCUUAAAUAAUCUUCCAGGAUGUUUUAUGGAAUACGAUUAAUCUACUCUUAAAAAUACGCAAACUAAUAUCCCCGCCAUGCCCUUCUGGUCAUACAUUUUUGAGUAGGAGAGUGUAAUGCGACCUAAGAUCGGUGUGCAGCUUGCAAAAUCUAUUCUUCACUAAUAAGUUGUUGUUGUUGUAACAGCAUAAAACAUUCCUUAAAAAAUUUGUUUGGUAAUAUUGUUGAAACGACAGCUUUUGACCCGAUACAAAUUCGCGUUUUCCGUUAAUGUAGAACCUGAAGUGUCAGCGUUCAUCAGUAAGUCUUGGAAAGCGCUAAUGUUGCUAGUUUUGUUGUUUGAUAUGCAAUUAGUUUAGAAAAGCGUUAAGUACCCUACAUAAUAUAGUCACACUGUAAAAAUAAUGUGCAGUACAGAUUCGAGUAAAUGUCACAUUUCAGCUGAAAUAUGAAAU